AUGGUGGUUAACAUGUCCAAAUAGGAACUAACAAUAACAAACUCUGAAAUCCUGCAGACCUGCACGCACUCUCUUAUACUGAAACCCACAACACUAUUUCAUUUGUUUCUUCUUUAUCCAUCCUUGUUUUUUUUUCAUCCGCCAUGAAAUCCUUCAAGAGCUCCACUUUCCUGUUCUUGCUGUUUCAAGCCAUUAUUUUAAUUAACCACCAAGUCAGAUCUGAUGAUGAGGAUAAUCUUCUUCAAGGCAUGAACAAGUACAGGGCAUCAUUAAACUUGACAGCCCUCACCAAGAAUGACAAUGCAGCAUGCCUUGCUGAACAAAUAGCUGACCAAUACAAGGACCAACCCUGUACAAAUACAACAGGGUCCAACACUGUACCAGGCACCGAGAACAAUUUUGCAUCCUACCCAGAAUUUCUAUCUCAUUGCCAUUUAAACAUCACCAACACUAGAGAUGGCCAGAUAAUGCCUGCUUGCGUACCAGACUUGGAUCCAAGCCUCGUGCUUAUGAAUUUUACAAAGUCCCAGUAUUCAGGAAAUCUGAAUGACUCCACGUAUUCAGGAGCCGGUAUUGCCUCCGAGGGUAACUGGAUUGUCGUAGUCCUAACCACCAAUUCUUCAUCAGGUAGCUUUGAGACUUACGAGGGUUCUACCGGUUUCAUUUAUAGUCCUAAUAAGCUUUACCACUUCAUUAUGUUUUUGCUGGCCUGUGUCUUCUUGUUAUAAGCUGAAUUGGGUGGAAUAUACCAUUAUGUCAUUCAUUUUGUUUGAUGAUGUUGGUUGAGGGCCAACUAUGUGGGAGAGUUGUCAUUUCACAAUGUGCAUUUGGAUACAUUGUAUAUCGCAUUGAUAAGGGAUUCUAUUUUUUUUUUA